GGGGCCUCCCUUUUGUUUGUUCAACACACAACCCAAGCCUCCACUGAAGAGCACCCCCUGCUGCUCCAGAACCCCAAAAGGGAGAUUCGGAAGAUUCUGGAGUUUCUGGGCCGCGCCCUGUCAGAGGAGACCGUGGAUCAUAUUGUGCGGCACACGUCCUUCAAGGAGAUGCAGAAGAACCCCAUGGCUAACUACAGCACCAUACCCGUGGAGCUCAUGGACCACAACAUUUCCGCCUUCAUGAGGAAAGGCAUCACGGGGGACUGGAAAACCAUGUUCACUGUGGCCCAGAAUGAGCGCUUUGAUGCCCACUACGCUGAGAAGAUGGCAGGCUGCAACCUCAAGUUCCACACAGAGCUGUGAGUGGUGUUCAUGGCACCGCUCCCCAGGGAGUGUGUGCGAGGGGCCCGACAGGGGCCUCAGUAAUAAA